AUGUCGAGUGGUUCUAGUAAGAAUAUCAUAACGAGGAAGAUUGCCUUGAUGGGCUAUCCGUGUGUUGGAAAAUCAUCUAUAACACUGCGAUUUGUCCAGGGACAUUUCCCGGAUGCAUACGAUACUACGAUAGAGGAUCUACACAAUAAACCAUAUCGGUGGCUUGGUCGCGACUACAAUCUGAGAAUUACAGACACUGCCGGUCAACAGGAGUAUUCGAUCUUUCCUCGCAGUUGCUCAGUGGACAUAGAUGGUUUCAUUUUAGUAUACGCUAUCGAUGACAAAAAAUCGUUUGAAAUCAUCCAGAUCAUACACGAUAAGAUUAUGGAAACGAUAGGAGACGAUAAGGUUCCCAUAGUAAUUGUGGGUAACAAAGUGGAUCUGCAGCACGCGUCACGUGUAGUGACGAAAGAAGAUGGUUCGAAACUUGCUCAGAAGUGGAAGGCUGCUUUCAUUGAAACUUCAGCGAAAGACAACACUGCAGUACAACAAAUUUUCGACAAAAUGCUUCAUCAAAUCGAACUUGCGAGAGGGAACAUUAGUGAGCAGUCGGGUGGCAAGUGCUGUAUUUCUUAA